CAGAGGACUCGGUCGAUUGGGCGGUUAAGGUUGAAGCAACCUCCAACAUCCAGCCCUAAACAGAAGUGAUUUCUUCAUUUUCGACACUGAUGAACCGCGUACAUUAGCUUCUUCCCUUAUCCUUUGCGCCGGAGACUCAGAUGGGAGUCGAUCUACCAAAACCCUCACUCUCACCAUGAAGUGGCUCCAAUCCAAAGGACGUCGGCUUGGACUCCUCUUUCCCCAAAACCCAAACCGAUCGGUCCUAAAGAAGCAACCGCCAGCCACAGGCCUAGGUGAUCACCACAAAUUCGAUGGUGCUACGGGUCAGAUCUACUUGGAAUCGACUGCCGCUAUUCAAACUUCCGACGACUCCAAUUGGACGCGACAAACUGAACUCGUUGUUGGUCCUGAAUAUCGCAAUAGUGGAGAUGCUCAUAGCUUCGUCUCAACUACAGAUCACAAUGAAUUAGAUCUUGGAGCGUACCACCAUCAUCUUGACGGACUGAAGAAUACUCGAAUUAGAGGGGCGAAAGGAGCUCGAUCUUUACAAGACUCAGCAAUUGAGUGCAUUCUUCACAACAUUUCCGAUGUCACCUAUGAGGGCAUUUCCUGUCUACCACUUUCUCUUGUCCGACAACUCUGGCACGCCGUUAGCAAAAGGUAUGUCAUUUAUGGUUUUCGGUGGAUAAAAUUUUGAACUUCAAAAUUAUCAUCUAAUUCGAGAUUAUAUCGCUAACUUAUCUGUUACAGAUGUCUUGUAUCCUUCGAUACCUGGCUAAUGUUCUCCAAACUUCUCCGAAAAGAGGAUGGAGCAACUCUGAGCCUGCAUAGGUACCGUCAAGCCAUUGAGAAACCACUAUCCAGUCUUCAUGUAUAUACCACCCCGCUCACUUCAACUUCUUUCGAAUUCAUCGCUUCGUUGAGUAUCACUUCCUCCGUCGAUCUUCCAAACCUUGUCAAAAUAUCCAAGAUUGUCAAUCUAGGUGUACUUGAGAUUAUCAACGAUACUACUAAAGACCUUCUACUUCCCGUCAGCGACCGUCUUCUUCGGGCUUGGCAUAUGUCUACUCUGAACGAUGGAACCUUCCGAGUCCUCAGAAUUAUGAGACUUUGGAAUCACAAAGAACUGACCAAUAAAUCUCUUGCAUUUAUCAAUAGUUUCCCCGUGCUAGCUAUUUAUGACGUUCGAGGUUGCCCUUUUGAGGGUACAAAGAUUGACACCAAAAACCUAGGAUGGAGAUCCAACGUGGAACCAAAUGUCCUUGACCUGCUGGAAGCUGCUUGUGUCGAAAGAACAAUGAUCAUGCGAGAGUCUAUGGGUGUUGAAAGUAAGCCUGUUCGCAGAGCUAGUGCUCGUCAGUUACGAGACGAUGCAACUACAAAAAAGAUGCCCCGUGCUGAAACUCAAGCAUUUCUGACAAGAGAAGAGACAUGUGUUCGAGGAUCACCCAUUGCGGAUUACGAUAAAAUGCAACGAAAGGUCAAUUCGGUCAUCAAGAGAGAGAAAGCCGUCAUUGGACACGACAUGGUUUGGAUGUUUCUAGAUAACAGUAUUCAUUCCAAGACUCGAGCACUGGAGACAUGGGAAUUUACCACAUACACCUCAUUCGCUAGGAUUGGAGAGUUGAGGAAUGACACUGAUUUGGCGAGAUCAGGAGUUGACAUUGGAGAUGAUGCCAUUCUUGUUGGCAACGAUUUCAUCCCACCGGUUCCUUUGGUGUCCUUACGGCUUGGUCCUAUCCCACUUGAGCUUCAGGUCAAUAAGAAUCUACACAAGCCUUUCUAUACUAGUGUGUAUUCGGAAGAGUUUAAUGAGCCAACAUUCAAGUAUGAUCCAAAGGAGAAGCAUGAUACACCAAGUUCCCGGACCCUCUCUUUUAUUAGAAUCAAACUCUCACUGCCUGUUCAGAAGAAGCUCGAAGUCACCUCUUCUGAAAAGUCCCAAUCGGUCGUUUGUGCGAACGUGGUUCCAAUCGCAUCUGAUACAGCGUCACCAUCGUCUUUGCCCAGUCCCGCUAAACGAAGAAGAACCAGUAUCAUGAAGAACAAGAAGAAGAAUCUCGGUGAUAUGCUCAAUUCGUUUCGCUAAUUCUUUCUCACUUCCAGGGUGGUUACGGAAGGUCAUGCAUUGGGUGGUCCUGGGAUGUGGGCUAUUUCAAAGAAUCGGAGUUUUUUUUCGGAGGAAUAUGGCGUUUGUUGGUUACGAUUUGUUUAAGAUACCCUGUGUUGAGUACUGCGAAGAUGCAAAGCAGAAUGGAUCAUGAGAUUGCAUGCAUAUUUUUCCAUUUCCUUCUUUUUUUUCCGUUGCUACCUGUAUGUAAAGAUAGCUUCUGGUGGUUGUGCAUGAGUGCUCAUAAAGUCAUAGACUCGAAGAAAUGAAGAAAUGAAUACCUUUCCAAUUGACAUACGCGCAAAACCAACGAUUCAUCAGAGAAGUGGGUCGUUCGUAUAUAUACAGUACUCUCCACGUACUCCAAUCAUUUCUCCUUCCGCCUCGUAUACAGUAGAGUAUUUUCUACCGUCCUCAGACCGCGAAUAGAACACCGUCCCCAGUUUUACAUUGUAAGAUUACUCACGAGUUAUCUCCCCUGAUGGAUCAUGGAUCAUGGGUACUAAGAACCGUUUCUGCUGUUGUCUGAGAGGUGGGUUUUAUAACGAAAUAGAAUGGAAUGGAAUGACACAAGGAAGUGUAUGGAAUAUUGUAAUGAUGUAUGAGGAGGAGGUAGUUGUG